GAAGAAGAAGACCUCACAGCCGGGGUACCGGCUGUUGGUGCAGCGUGAUUGGUCAACCCCACGUGACUCCCAUGCGUCUCACAAAACGUGCGACCCAAUUGGUCUAUCCGUCACAAGCCCUCAGACAGCUGGACUUCUCGUAUUCGUGACGACGCUGAAUUGAAGAAGCCUAAAAAGGUCUUUAAACUCUACUGCUAUCAUGAUCAACUGGAAGGCCCUGGACAACGUGCCCCUCCUCUUCUACAUCCUGGCGCUGAAGACCCUGGUGCUCUGCCUGGGCUUCGCUGCCGUCAAGAUCUACCAGAGCAAGAAGGAGGAGAAGGCCCUGAAGCUCCAGCAGGAGGAACGGCGCAGGCUGGCCCAGAAGACCCAGGAGCUCAUCGACAACAAGAAGGACGACUGAGGGAGGAAGCGGAACGUUAACGGAGCCACUCUUGGGGGCCGGAGCCGUUAACAGUGGCACCCGCCUAGGAUCCAUACUCCAGCGAUCCGCUGCAGACCUGAGAUCAAGCCCAAGUCUUUCGACAGAUGUGGAUCAGUUAGCUUUCUUCUGGAUUGUUCUAGAACCAGUCAAGGAACGUUUCGACAUUUCGUUUCGACACCACUUUAAGAAGGACCAAAACACUUUAUUUUGGGCCUUUCUUAAAGUUCGACCAUCAACCGCUGAACAGCGGUUUUUCGCGAUGAAGGCAUUUACGGUUUUAAGAACGAUUUUAAAAAAGAAAACGAUCGGAGAACGGUUUUGUCGUGAUGUCUGCCUUCCUUAAAGUUGCGUCUGGAAUGGGCAACGUUUUAUAAAAAGGGAUAAUUUUAACAAGUUAUCUUGCAUGCAUGUGUGCGUUCUCUGGAAACAGCAGUGCAUCGAUUUCCUGUUGCUGGUUUUGAUACUGUAAAUACUUAUUUUGUGAAAAUAGGAUUAUAAGCUUUCAAAAUGUGUGUUGUACUGGUUGAUUACUUUUUUCUUAGGUUUGCUACAAACAUUAAUAUAACCCAGUAUGCAUGUGCAAAAUUUUGUAUUUUGCAUAUUGUUGCAUCAAUAACUUCACCUCUAAAAUGUUGUUUGUCAUCUUCACUGUGGGUUUAGACCCUAAACUGUUGCCAAGUGUUCUCCCAUUUGUCAAUAAAAAAACUAUAGUUUAGUAAA